CGCGUCUGGGGUGAAAGGUCAAAGCUGUGGCGCUUGCGCGAGCGUCUGUUUUCAUCACAGCGGCUUUCUCCAUGUAAACUCCAGAAAUUUCCACCGAGGACCGAAAACAAAGCGCGAAUUAACGGCUGGAGUCAGGUUUAAAAACGGUUCACAGCAUGCUGGCCACAGGAGCGGCGGUGAGCACAGCGAUGGCACAGGUGGAUCGGGAGAAGAUUUACCAGUGGAUCAACGAGCUGUCGAGCCCGGAAACCCGCGAGAACGCCCUGCUCGAGCUCAGCAAGAAGCGCGAGUCCGUCACCGACCUGGCUCCCAUGCUCUGGCACUCGUGUGGCACCAUCGCGGCACUCCUUCAGGAAAUCGUGAACAUCUACCCCUCGAUUAAUCCCGCUACGCUGACGGCUCAUCAGUCCAACAGAGUGUGUAACGCCCUGGCGCUGCUGCAGUGUGUGGCGUCGCACGUGGAGACGCGCUCAGCUUUCCUGGCGGCCCACAUCCCCCUGUUCUUGUACCCGUUUCUUCACACCGCCAGUAAAACCAGACCCUUUGAGUAUCUUCGCCUCACCAGCCUCGGAGUCAUCGGCGCGCUGGUAAAGACCGAUGAACAAGAAGUGAUUAACUUCCUGUUGACGACAGAGAUCAUUCCCCUGUGCCUGCGGAUCAUGGAGACAGGCAGCGAACUCUCAAAAACGGUUGCGACGUUCAUUUUGCAGAAGAUCCUGCUGGAUGACACUGGCCUGGCCUACAUCUGCCAGACCUACGAGCGAUUCUCUCACGUCGCCAUGAUCCUGGGAAAGAUGGUGCUGCAGCUGUCGAAAGAGCCAUCAGCUCGACUGCUGAAGCAUGUUGUGCGCUGUUACCUACGGCUCUCCGAUAACUCCAGAGCGAGAGAAGCUCUUCGUCAGUGUUUACCAGACCAGCUGAAGGACACGACGUUUGCACAAGUGCUGAAGGACGAUACGACCACAAAGCGCUGGCUCGCUCAACUCGUCAAAAACCUGCAGGAGGGACAGGUCACAGACCCGCGUGGCAUCCCGCUGCCCGCCCAAUAACACACACACACACACACACACACACACACACACACACGCACACACUUCAUUCAGAAACAAGGUCUCUUACUGACAGGAAUUUUUACUACCCCACACACACACACACACACACACACACACACACACAGAGUGGACUCUUCUCAUGUACAAGGGCACUUACAUGUUGCCAAUAUUUAAAUGUUUAAUGUGGGUAUUAUUAGUUUUUUGGAAUGUUUGAGUAAAUUCUGCUGGCUGUUUGAUCAGAACAAUAUGUACUCAUGUUUUUCUACAUCGUUUGUCUGUGUGACUAUCUCUCACACACACAGCGUCUUGUUAAACACACACGAUGUUUGAAUGCUGUAAAAUAAAAUGGAAUCACUGUG